AUGAGUGCAAUUUUAUCAGAUGAUGAGGAAUUUUCACAAUCGCCUCUUAUGAUAAAGAAUCUCUCCAUGAACAAUACUUCCGGCCAGAAACAUGAAGAAGCUGAUAUAGUUGGUAAGUCACUAGUAGGGGUUGUGGAUUGUGGUUCUAACGGUGUCAGAUUUGCCAUCACCUCGGUGGCUCCACACCAUGCCAGAACUAUGCCAUGCGUGUUUAAAGAUCGUUUGAAUGUAUCCCUUUUUGAUGCCCAAUAUGAAAAUGGUAACUGCAAAAUUAACGAGAAGUCUCCCAUUCCAAAUGAAGUGAUCUAUGAAAUCUGUAAAGCAAUGAAGAGGUUUCAAAUGAUUUGUGAUGAUUUUGGUGUGGAUGAUAAAUCUGUUAGGGUAGUGGCAACGGAAGCUACUCGUGAGGCUAGCAACUCCAAAUAUUUCAGAGAAUGUAUCAAACAGACGACAGGAUGGGACGUCGAGUUAUUGUCCAAAGAGGCCGAAGGGAGAAUUGGAGCCUACGGGGUUGUUUCUUCAUUUCAUGUUAUUCAAGGGUUGUUCUUAGAUUUGGGAGGUGGGUCUACGCAAUUGAACUGGAUUUAUUGUGAAGAAAAUGGUGAUGUUGAGUUUUCUAAAAAACCAAUUUCUUUACCUUACGGUGCUGCUGCUUUGACAAGAAGAUUGAAAACUGAAAACCAGCGUGACUUGUUUUUUGAAAUAAAAGAUGCUUACGCCAAAGCAAUAAAGAUGUUGGAUAUUCCUCAAAAGUUGAUUGAAAAAGCGCAUAAGGAGGGUGGGUUUCAACUAUUUUGUUCGGGGGGUGGUUUACGUGGUUUAGGAAACUUGUUAUUAUCACAAAACCCAGAGUACCCAAUUACUGCUGUGAUUAAUGGUUAUGCUUGCGAAGAUACCGAAAUAACUUCAUUGGCGAACUUUUUAUUUUUGAAAAACAGGGUUCCUGAUCCUAAAGCCAAUAUUUUCAGAGUUAGCGAGAGAAGAAAACAGCAGUUCCCAGCAAUUGGUUUAUUGGUAUCUGCUGCAUUUGAAUCAUUGCCUAAAAUUAGGUCUAUUCAUUUCAGUCAGGGUGGGGUCAGAGAAGGCUCUUUAUUCGAGAAAUUGCCAAAGAAGAUUAGAUCCCAGGAUCCUUUGAUUGUUGCCACAAAACCCUAUGCACCAUUUUUGGUUGAUAAAUACUUGAACUUAUUGAGAUCAGCUAUCCCAAGGGAACAUGUUCCAAGGGAAGUGUAUGAAAGAGUUGCCCCUGCAUUGUGUAAUUUAGCCUUUGUCCACACCAUGUACCCGAAGGAACUUCAACCAACUGCUGCAUUACAAGUUGCAACAACAGGUAUCAUUGCGGGCUCUCAUGGUUUGAGUCAUCGUAUUAGAGCUUUGAUUGGGAUUGCUUUGUGUGAAAGAUGGGGUGCUGAAUUACCAGAAAAUCAAGCAAAAUUCAAAAAUAAUUUGAUUUCUACAGUUUUGAAAGGAUCAAUUAGUAGCGAUAGUGAUAAAUCUUCCGAAGAUGUGUUCUGGACGAUCUAUAUUGGAAAAAUAAUGUUCUUCAUUUGUGGUAUUCAUCCAGGAGGCAAUAUCAAUGAAGCGAAUGCACCAUUUGAAUUUGAGGUUAAAACUAAAGAAAUUAAAGAUGAUUCGGAAGCUUCUAAUAAAGAUGAAGAAAAGCAAACUACAGCGGCAAAUAAAAAAUAUAAGUUUGAAACCAUUGUGAGAAUUGAUUCCGAUAAUCUUAAAAUUGGCUCAGGGGCAGGUAAUAGAAUUAAAUCUAUCACAAAAAAGAUAAAGAAAUUGAGCAAGUCAUACAAUAUUAAGAUGAAGUUCGAUAUACAAUCGGUAAAUCACAGUAUUAACAUAGAGAAAACUUUAAAGCAUGGAGAAAGAGAAGAGGAAGAUGACGAAGAAUGA